CAUCCUCUUUUAAGUCUCAAUGGCUUUGAUGACAUCUCCAUUGACCAAAUCCAAACCUUGCCUUUUUCUUCCUUUUACCCAUGCUAAGAAACUGGGUUCUCCACCUGCUAUACUCCUAAAUUAUGGUCACUAUAACCACAAGUUCCUACCACUAACAACCAACAAAUGCAAAAAAGAAAAAUUAUCAAGUCUUUUGGAUGCUUCAGAUAAGAAUUAUAGCAGUACAAAAAAAGCACUACAAGUAUUGGCUGAUGCUGAUAGUGUACCUCUAUCAGAGGCUGAGCCUAGGAACCUCGGGAAAAUCUUUCUGUCAGAUGUGGUGGUGAGAAGGAGAAGGCAGGUAUUUUGGGGCAGGAAAUGGAAUUCAUCAGAUAUAGUCAAUGCUGGUGUAAUUUCGGCGGUGCAUUUUCUAUCUUUGUUUGGACCUUUUUAUUUCACUUGGCCUGCAUUUUGGGUUGCCCUUGGCAUCGGUAUUGUCACUGGACUUCUAGGUAUCACUCUUUCUUUCCAUAGGAAUCUUUCUCAUAGGAGUUUCAAGCUUCCAAAAUGGCUCGAGUAUUUUUUUGCGUACUGUGGGGUUCAAGCUCUUCAAAGGGAUCCUAUUUUUUGGGUUAGCACUCAUAGACACCACCACCAGUUUUGUGAUUCCGAGAGAGACCCGCAUAGCCCUACUGAAGGGUUUUGGUUUAGUCACAUCACUUGGCUCUUUGACAAUAAUUAUAUUACUGAAAAGUGUGGAGGGCAAAACAAUGUUGGGGAUUUAGAGAAGCAACCCUUUUACAAGUUCAUGCAAAACACGUACUUUCUACAUCCAAUUGCGCUUGGAGUUCUGCUAUAUGCAGUGGGAGGAUUUCCCUUCCUUGUAUGGGGAAUGGGUGUGAGAACCGUAUUGGUUUUUCACAUUACUUGGCUAGUAAACUCAGUUUCUCAUUUAUGGGGGAAGCGAGCGUGGAACACCGGCGACUUGUCUAGGAACAAUUGGUGGCUUGCGUUGCUUACAUUUGGAGAAGGUUGGCAUAAUAAUCACCAUGCUUUUGAAUACUCAGCCAGGCAUGGCCUGGAAUGGUGGCAGAUUGACAUGACUUGGUAUGUUGUAAGGUUUCUUCAAGCUAUUGGACUGGCAACGGAUGUGAAGCUGCCAUCGGAAGUUCAAAAGCAAAGGAUGGCUUUCAAAAAUUGAAGUUUGUGUGU